AUGGCGGCGCCGGCCGCGCUGCUGAUCCGCGGGGGCCGCGUGGUGAACGCCGAGGCCUCGCAGGCGGCGGACGUGCUGGUGGAGGGCGGCGUGGUGCGGGCGCUGGGCCGCGACCUGCUGCCGCCGGGGGGCGCGCCCGCGGGGCUGCGCGUCCUGGACGCCACGGGCAAGCUGGUCCUGCCCGGCGGCAUCGACACGCACACGCACAUGCAGUUCCCGUUCAUGGGCACGAGGGCCGUGGAUGACUUCCUGCAGGGCACCAAGGCGGCGCUGGCGGGCGGCACCACCAUGAUCAUGGACUUUGCCAUCCCUCCGAAGGGCAGCUCGCUCCUCGGCGCCUUCGAGACCUGGCGGGGCUGGGCGGACCCCGCCGUCUGCUGUGACUACGGCCUGCACGUGGCCGUGACCUGGUGGAGCGAGCAGGUGAAGGAAGAAAUGAAAAUCCUUACUCAAGAUAAAGGUGUGAACUCCUUCAAGAUGUUCAUGGCCUAUAAGGACGUGUACAUGGUGGGGGACGAGGAGCUGUAUGCCGCCUUCUCUUGGUGCAAGGAGAUCGGGGCGAUCGCUCAGGUCCACGCGGAGAACGGAGAGCUGAUCGCCCAGGGAGCGAAGAAGAUGCUGGCCUUGGGGAUCACGGGCCCCGAGGGCCACGAGCUGUGCCGGCCGGAGGCCGUGGAGGCGGAGGCCACUCUGCGGGCCAUCACCAUCGCCAGCGCCGUCAACUGCCCGCUGUACGUGGUGCACGUGAUGAGCCGGUCGGCGGCCAAGGUGAUCGCUGAUGCCAGGAGAGAGGGGAAGGUGGUGUAUGGAGAGCCCAUCGCAGCGAGUCUGGGCACAGAUGGCACCCACUACUGGAACAAAGACUGGUGCCACGCAGCUCACUACGUGAUGGGGCCUCCCUUGAGACCGGACCCUUCAACUCCUGACUACCUCAUGAAUCUACUGGCUAACGGUGAUCUGACCACCACGGGGACUGACAACUGCACGUUCAACACCUGCCAGAAAGCUCUCGGGAAGGACGAUUUUACUAAGAUCCCCAACGGGGUGAACGGAGUUGAGGACCGAAUGUCAGUCAUUUGGGAAAAAGGCGUGCACAGUGGCAAGAUGGAUGAAAACCGAUUUGUGGCGGUGACCAGCACGAAUGCCGCUAAAAUCUUUAACCUCUAUCCCAGGAAAGGGAGAAUAGCUGUGGGAUCCGAUGCUGACAUUGUGAUCUGGGACCCAAAAGCCACGAGGACUAUCUCAGCAAAAACUCACCACCAAGCUGUGAACUUCAACAUCUUCGAAGGCAUGGUUUGCCACGGGGUGCCCCUGGUGACCAUUUCCAGGGGCAAAGUGGUGUAUGAAGCUGGAGUUUUCCAUGUCGCACCAGGAGACGGGAAGUACAUUCCUCGCAAGCCAUUUGCUGAAUAUGUUUACCGGAGGAUCGAGCAGCGGGACCAGACUUGCACACCUACCCCCGUGGAGCGUGAACCCUAUCAGGGAGACGUUGUCCUUCUGGAAUAG